AUGCGGUUAUCCGUGCGGGGCGACAACGAAGACGACGACGACGAGCUUUCGCGAGUCCGGGGGUUUAUUAUCGUGUUAAAUCGCGAAACGCUACGGGACUACGGAACAAUAACAAGAGCGGCCAUUUGCAAUGCACAUCACUGGCCGUCGCAGUGUGACCAACGUGUCCGAGCGCUAAAUAUCCCGCCGGUGGCGGUGUGCUACGCCGCCGCCGCCGAUGAUCCCGUCGGCCGACCGAUGUCGGGCGCGCCAAAAAUUCACGACGUUCGGGACAGACGGAUUCCGUCGCCGGGGAGGCGCUGGUUUGGCCCUCGAUCAAGGUUCGGUCUUCCCGGAAAAUUUGACCGGACGGGUCGGCGGCGGCCCCGGACCAGUUGGUCGCACUGCACGCGCUGCCGAGUUGAUGCAAAUCACGAGAAUUCGAAUAAUAAAAUAUGCCGUUUAUGUCGCUACUAUCGGUCACCCCGCCACAAGCGCGGAACAAUGCAAUAA